AUGCAGCGAACGGAUGAUAUUGGCUGGCUUAGUAUAGGCCUUAGCGAACGUGGGAGGUUUACUAUUUUGGAUCAUGGCCGCUUAGACCAUGUGGUAUCCGAAUUGGGAGAUCCCGCAAACCAAUAUCCGGCGUUAUGUGUAUACAUCGGCGCCAAAGCCAAGGACGCUUGUCUUCGACAGCUCUAUCAGUACAACAACAUAAAACGGCAUGUUUCAGCGGCUGAGGUAAAGCUACGGUACGACAUGGGUUCAUUGGAGACCUCACGACCAGUGUUGUUCGCAGACGGUGGCCUGGAAUAUAAAUCUUCUACGAGCUCCUCUAUGAUAGGAUGCGUUAAGACGGAGCGCUCCAUCUCGUGGGAUUCUCCCUUCAUCUUCAUCAUUACCGGUGGCGAUUCGGCCGCGGAUUAUAAUAGUGACAGAAGCCCCUUGGAGCGGGGAGAAGAAUAUAUGGAACAAGUGGAGCAGUUCCAUUGCAAACUGGACAAGAACAGUCCCGAGACCUUGUCGGAGUGCUUUUCUGCGAUCCAUUUUAUGCGCCUGGAGCGAAGUCAUCUAUCAGAGUGUGCUCGCUAUGAGCGCCUGCGCGUAUUGAUUACAGGGCAGUUGGAUGACAUGUACACUGUCCGGAAAGACCAUGGAGCUAUAUUUAAUGCGACCCAUCUGGUAGCGCUUUUCCGGUUGGCACUUCAGCACACAGCUGAAGAUAUCUGCCGGUCUUUUGACUUUGUGAAGGCAACUAGAGAACAAAAUGAAGUCCCCGUAUCCUCGAGCAUGGCCAUAGCACACUACCUAGACAUAGGAACAAAGGCAGGUGUCUACUAUGAGGAGCUGGCCCCUUCGAUCUCAUCGGCCCUUGUCAUGGAUCACUAUGUCCCAGGGAUGUUAGCGCUAGAACCUCGGGCCGUUUUCCAGGCGCUUUAUCGCUCUGUUGUCUUCGAUGCGCUUCAAAUUACCCCCGUGAAUCAACCAUAUAGAACUAUCGACGAGCUUGCGGGUAUGGUUGAGCGCAACAUGGUGGAGCAAUUCCAUAAACUCGAGAGUACCGGUCAAUCAUCCUUAGAGUUCCGACGCGAGCAUCUAAGGGAAUCCAGUGGAAGGCUCUGCCGGAUACGAUCAAACAAAAUAUGUCUCGUCUGCCUUCUCAGGGUUGCACAGCAUCGCCUAGAUUGCGGCCACGCAGUCUGUGACCUAUGUGCUCAGUUAUUUGGGUCACCUGCCGCAGGCCUGGAAUAUAGUUUCACAAUCACGGCCUGCCUUUGUUGUCUGUACCAGAGGCCUCUAGUAAUAGAUGUCUUACCUCCAACGAUGAACCCUACCAUCCUAGCCAUUGACGGUGGCGGAGUCCGAGGAGUUAUUCCUUUGGAGUUCCUGAAUCUUAUUCAGGAGAACCUUGGUCUUUGUCCCCUUCAAGAUCUUAUCGAUCUUGCGAUUGGAACAAGUUCAGGGGCCUGA